AUGAUCCGGCCCGUGGACAUGAUGGGCAAUGGGGGCUCCGACGCUCUUCCUCGUGCGCCAAGCGGCAGCGCGCUGAGUGAGCGCUCUCCGCUGCUACGUGCAAUGGGUCAGAACGACUCGACAUCCUUUGAAGGCUCGUACAUGUCCAUGCCGGCGCCGUCGAGCGACAAUGGGCGUCUGUCGGACACCGGCCAGUUCCAGCCGCUGAUCUUCGCGGAGAAGGCAUUGGCUGCUCUUCUAAACGGGGUGUUACUGUACGCUUUAGGCUGCGUCGUGGGGGUGGCGCUAGUCUCGCUCAACUUCGAAGGCGUCUUAGGCGCACGUGUCAACUGGUGGCUGAUCUUCCUGCCCUUCUGGUUGGCCAAUGUAGCCAUGCUGUAUGCACAUAUAGCGUCCAUCCGCCACGCCAAGACACUGCGACGUUGGGCCGACGUCGAAUCCAUGAGCAACGAGCCGCUGCUGCCACUUCUCCGCCGUAUUGUGCUGGUCUACGCGAUCAGUGUACCUCUCACGGUGCUGCUGCUCUGGAGCGAGUUGGCCUUCUGUGCCAGUCUGCAGCAUACAGCAGCCACCAGUCUCUACAUCUGCUACGCUCCACUCAUGGUCAUCCAAGUGGCUUUUGUAGUGCGAUAUCUGCUCUGCAGAUCCGACAGCACGUUGCCGGGAAUAUGCUGGGUGCUCAUGUUCGUGUUCACAUUGCUACUGGCCUAUCAGACUGACACUCAACGAAGAUUCGGGUCGCUUGAGAUGAUGCAGCCUCCAGUAUCGUGGUGGAUCGUGUUCGCUCCAUUAUUCGUCUUUGAGCUGCUUAUGACGGGGUCUCUGCUGCUGGUUCUGUACAAUGAAUUUGCCGGUAUUUACCGGUUAACUCGAUGGCAACUGGCAGCUAGUGUACUGUACUCGUUGGCUCUUGUAGCCGGGGUAAGUGGCGAGCUUAUGUUGCUGGAGCAAGUGGACUACCACUGGGGGACAUUCACUUUCCCUUCCGGAAUGAUGUUCUUCGGUCUGGUGUGUGCGUGUGUGGCCAUGUAUAUUGUGGGUCGCCACCACGUAGAAGAGCUCAUGGCUUCCAAGGGUGGUGCAGUGCCUGUACCGCUUACAAGAACAGCAGACGGGUGGAUCACCAGUCAUGCCGUAGUAGAGCAAUGGGUUCUCUUCGGAGAUAUCUACCUCACCCCACAAGGACUUCAGCUACGCAACCAGAAGACAAGAAGCAACUCUGGAGUCGAGUCGGAGGCAGCAGGCAGUCGCAUCUUGCGCCAAAUGAAGGGCCUGUUAACCCGAGUCGCCUCGGAGGAGAACAUUGGCGACAACGAUCCAGAACGCCGUAUCCGUAAUGUACUGCGACGAAAGACGUCAGGCAGCUACAGUGACAUCACGCUGGAGGUCGUCGAUACCCCGAGAACUCCGAAUGAUGGCAAACGUUAA